CUUUCCAUGGGCCAGUUAUUUGUAAAAUGAUUAGGCUAGUAAAAUUCACUUCAUGCGGAAAAUGGCGUGUUUCGCCGUUAACUUUAUUCUUUCGGACCGGGGCAAGACGCUUAAUAGCCAAUGAAACGCGAGGGGGCGGUGCGCCUUGGAAUUUACGUGUUGUAUUACAACGUGGCUACACCAGUUUCCUUUAAGUCGAAACCCCGAAUUCAGUGCAGUGUGACUUUUAAGAUACUUACCAGAAAACAUACGCCGCGGAAAUUUGAUUAAGUGCAUGUACCAAUCGAGGCAGAGAGAGAAACAGAGACAUCGGGGACUACCUCUCCAAGGAGAGUGAACAAGGUCAAGAUGGAGAAGCUUCCGUUGCCCGGAGACGACGAGGGGUCUGGGAUGACGGGGGGCCAGUCCCAGUCCCAGCUCCUGGACGGGGUGGAGGAUUUGAGCCAGGGCGGGGUGUCGGUGGACCCCUCCCGCCCGGCCUGGGACAGCAAGCUGCAGUACGUGCUGGCCCAGGUGGGGUUCAGCGUGGGCCUCGGAAACAUCUGGAGGUUCCCUUACCUCUGUCACCAAAAUGGAGGAGGUGCGUUUCUCCUGCUGUACGUGGUGCUCCUGGUGGUCGUGGGGGUUCCGCUGUUCUUCCUGGAGCUGGCCGCGGGACAGGGCAUCCGGCAGGGCAGCAUCGGGGUGUGGAAACACAUCUCCCCCAAACUGGCUGGGAUCGGAUACUCCAGCUGUGUGGUGUGCUUCUUCGUGGCUCUUUACUACAAUGUCAUCAUUGCUUGGAGCUUGUUCUACCUGGGCAACUCCUUCCAGUACCCCCUGCCCUGGGUGCAGUGUCCGGAGACGAGCCCAAACAGAACCGUAAAGGAGUGCCUCAGCAGCUCUCCCACCUCCUACUUCUGGUUCCGCAAGGCCCUGGACAUCACUGACUCCAUCGAGGAGACAGGCUUCAAUCCCAUCAUGACCGGCUGCCUGCUGGCCGCCUGGGUCAUCGUCUGCCUCGCCAUGAUCAAGGGGAUCAAGUCCUCCGCCAGGGUGAUGUAUUUCUCCUCUGUCUUCCCCUACGUCGUGCUCCUGUGCUUCCUCAUCAGAGGUCUGCUAUUGGACGGUGCGUCUGAAGGCCUCAUCUACAUGUUCUACCCCAAGCUGAAGAUCUGGGGGCAGGUGCAGGUGUGGCGGCAGGCAGCCACCCAGGUGUUCUUCGCCCUGGGGCUGGGCUUCGGCUCGGUCAUCGCCUACUCCUCCUACAACCCUCGCCAUAACAACUGUCACCGUGACGCCCUGAUGGUCUCCAGCAUCAACUUCCUCACCUCCAUCCUGGCCUCCCUGGUGGUGUUCGCCGUGCUGGGCUUCAGAGCCAAGAGCAUCGCCAUGGACUGCGUGGUCCGUAAUGUGGAACUCCUGACAGAGAUGUCUUCCACAGGCUCCGCCCACCAGCAGUGGUUGCCGUGGUCUGAUCCCAGGUCAGUGUCCCUGGGGGAUUACAGAGAGUGGUUCAGCCACCACGGCAGUCAGUUUGGGAGCAACAUCACUGACUGUGACCCGGAAGAGGAAAUGAGCAAGGGUGUGGAGGGGACGGGCCUGGCCUUCAUCGCCUUCACGGAGGCCCUGGCGCUGUUCCCCGGGAGCCCCUUCUGGUCGGCGCUGUUCUUCCUCAUGCUGCUCAACCUGGGCCUCAGCACCAUGUUCGGCACCAUGCAGGGCAUCCUCACCCCCCUCAUGGACAGCUUCAAAGUGCUGGGGCGCCACAAGACCCUGCUCACCGUGUUCAGCUGUGCUCUGGGCUUCCUGAUUGGUCUGCUGUUCACCCAGCGCUGUGGGAACUACUUUGUGACGAUGUUCGACGACUACUCCGCCACCCUGCCCCUCAUCAUCGUGGUCGUAUUUGAGACUUUCAGCGUGUCCUGGCUCUACGGGGCUGACCGCUUUCUGGAUGACAUCGAGGUCAUGCUGCACUGGCGCCCCCCAGUGGUGUAUAAGUAUAUGUGGAAGUACGUGUGCCUGCUGUCCAUGAUUGGACUCCUGGGGGCCAGCUUGCUCCGGAUGCUUUUCAAACGUCCCACUUACACCGCCUGGAAUCACAGCACGGCGAAGGAGACGACGCUGGAGUACCCCGGCUGGGCCCUGGCCCUGCUGGCCAUGCUGAUCCUCAUCGCCUCGCUGCCCAUCCCCCUGGGCUACGCCCACUCCCUCCUGCAGGCCCGGCUGGGCCGCGCCGGGGGGGGCGGGUCCGACGAGCAGGAGGCGGAGCCGGAGCGCCGCCCCAAGCCCGGCUCGACCGCGGGCGACGGGGACGAGGACGGGGACGACGACCGCCCCGCCGCCUCCUUCCUGCCCAUCGCCGUCGACCGUUACCGGCUCCUCCCCCAGCAGGAGGAGGCCGAAGAUGAGGAAGAGGAGGAGGAGGAGGACACGGGGGUCUGAGAGAGGGCAGGGCCACGGAGGGACGAAGGGGCGAAGGGAACAAAAAAAACCAACAAACGGCCAGAACCGGCCAACGCCCGCAGGCCCCCCCAGAGGGAAGUGCGCGGCAGUGGACCGCGAACGAAAAGGCGGACGAAACAGACAGUUAGCGCCCUCGUUCUCGAGCGCCUGUUUCCAGAGCAGCGAGCGCGUUUCUGCGCGCGGUGGGACCGUGGCCCCUCCCCCAUCCCUGUCAUUAGCGUUCUUAGCAAGCAGUCUCCCUCCCUCCCUCCCUCCCUCCCUGCCUCCCUCCCUCACUCACUCACUCACUCACUCUAACAACCCUCAUCCUCAUUAUCGGAAAAGGUUAAGUGCGAAACGUAAUGGCGGCCGUUUCCCGCCGAGCCGUGGGCAGCCUUGGGUUUACCGUCGCGGCGGGGUUCGGAGAGAGAGCAGAGCGGGCGGCCGCUCGCGCCGCCGUGGGGGCGCGUUUCUGAAUCCGUCGCCGCGUUUGUUUGCUUGCUUUGACCGAUCGUACAGCUUGAACAGACUGGAAGAGCCUGACCGACCAGCAGUCCCACCCACCCUGGGUGACAUUAUAGCCAAUCGCGUGCUGCCUUGUGUGACGUUACAGCCAAUCGCGCUGCCUUGUGCGACCCUACAGCCAAUCACGUGCUGCCUUGUGCGACCCUACAGCCAAUCACGCUUAGCCUUGUGCAACCCUACAGCCAAUUAACCCGGAGAGCCAUUACCCAUAGCCCCAGCUCUCUUAUUACAGAUUUGAUCCUGCCCGCCCCCAAUGGCUAAAGCCUGCCCUUUCACACAGGGAAUUUUACAUAUCAAAUAACCCGCGUUGGGUGAUGUCAUAAUGGAUGCGGCAAUCAAUUUGUGUCUGAUGCUGUGAUGACCUUACCUAAUAACCUCGGACCUGCUGUCGGACCCAGGUUCCCUGCAGUGUGUGAGAUUGUGUGUGUGCUCCAGCACAGUGUAUCCUGUACAGAAAAGCUGAUAUUCAGUGAUUAAUCCUGUCACGUUGUUAUAUUGCUGUAUCGUAAGUUAUAUUGUAUAUUGUACCCAAAGCCAACCCUCUUUAAAUGGUCGAUCAAAGUGAAGGUCAGGCUGUAUUUAAAUUAUGUUUGUUGUGUAAGCCACACAGUAGCAUGGCCAGCGUUCAUUCAACUCUAACAGUGUUAAUUCAACUCGGACAGAUAACACAACAAAUGUUAUCCGUUGGAGUUGAAUUAACACUGGACAUUUUACUGUGCGGGAGGAGGACACAGGAAGUAGUCAUUUCUGUUUCCUGUUUCCUGUUUACUUACUGUUAGAUCGUGGGCUUGUGGGAAGGAGAUGGACUUGAGGUCUGAAGCCUUAUUCUCAGCGACUGAGGUGAUGUUUCGUAUUUACGCUACCUACAAAAGGAACAGAAUGGCUUGUUAGAAUCGCAACAUAUCCCUACAGAGCUGUCCUUUACACUUCUGCAGCAAGCUCAGAUUCCACCGUGUGGUGAAGUACGAGCUUAGAGUUGGGGCAUGUGAGCCAUCAGUGCUUCUCAAGCGCUAGCCCAGUUAGCAUAAGCGGGAGGUCCAAUUUAUCCCACAAGGCCCUUCUGUUUUCCUGCCAAUGCAAAAGCCAAAGAGAAAAAAACCCUCAUCGUGUCUGGAAGAGUGCCAUUUCAUUUUACUGUAUUUAUUUAUCUUUGAAAGAAAAAUAAAGAAAAUAAAAGCGUUUUUGGUCUACUUUUAAGCGAAUUAGACUGCUGGUCUAGAACCACAUCUCUGGAUCAUGCAUAUUUACAGUAUUGAUAAUUAUGUACGCGCAUAUUUAAAAAAAAAAAAAAAAAAAGUCUAAUCAGUGCAUGUAGCCAGCCGGGUGCUAUUAAAAGAUGAUAUGGAGACAUUAGAGAAAAGCGCAUCUGUCAUGACUGUGGACAGAGCUAAACCAGUGUCUGCCCAAGAUUGCCUGGUAAAUAUGUACACAGACACUGAGCCAAAAGAAGCAGUCUUAUGCCCGUGCAUAUAUAAUUAUUUUUAUACAUAUUAUUCUUGAUUUGGCUCCGUACUCCGCAGUUCGAUGUGUAAUCGAACAAUUCCCAUGUGGUUAAAUUCUCUGCCUGAAAUGGGGGCGAUGUGUAAAAAGUUCUGUAAUGGUGGCGAAAGCAAAGUGUUUGAAAACAUUCUUCAUUACAAGCUGGGAAUCUGAGAAUUGUGAUUAAAUAUAAGAAUCAAGCAAAUAUGUCUAAAAAUGUCACAAAAUAAAUAUGUCUGUCUCAAACA